AUGUCGUUCUUCAUUGAGAACCCCAACGUGGGCAACAAGAGCCACCCAGAGGACUCGAGAAUCCGUGGAUACAACCCACUCACCCCGCCCAACCUGCUCCAGCAUGAGAUCGCACAGAGCGAAAAGUCUAAGCAGACUGUCUUGCAAGGCCGUGAUGAAGCCGUUGCCAUUGUACAGGGAACGGACCGCACGAGACUGUUGGUGAUCGUCGGCCCGUGCUCGAUUCACGACCCGGACAUGGCCCUGGAGUACUGUGAUCGUCUAUUGAAGCUGAAGGAGAAGUACAAGGAUGAGCUGUUGAUUGUCAUGCGUUCCUACCUCGAGAAGCCUCGCACGACCGUUGGUUGGAAGGGUCUGAUCAACGAUCCCGAUAUCGACAACAGCUUCAAGAUCAACAAAGGUCUGCGCACGUCGCGCCAGCUUUUCGUUGACCUGACCAACAAGGGCAUGCCCAUUGCCAGCGAGAUGUUGGACACCAUCUCACCCCAGUUCCUUGCCGACUGUCUCUCGGUUGGUGCUGUUGGUGCUCGCACCACGGAGUCCCAGGUUCACCGUGAGCUGGCCUCCGGUCUGUCUUUCCCCGUUGGCUUCAAGAACGGCACAGAUGGCACCCUUGACGUCGCGGUCGACGCCAUUGGCUCUGUCAAACACCCCCAUCACUUCCUGUCUGUUACCAAGCCCGGUGUGGUGGCCAUUGUAGGCACUGUCGGUAAUGAGGACUGCUUCGUUAUCCUGCGAGGUGGCAAAAAGGGCACAAACUACGAUGCCCAGAGCAUCGCGGAGGCCAAGGCCAAGCUCGAGAAGUCAGGCCUCAAGCCCCGUCUGAUGGUCGACUGCAGUCACGGCAACUCCCUAAAGAACCACAAGAACCAGCCCAAGGUUGCUGCUACCGUGGCUGAGCAGAUUGCCGCUGGUGAGGAGGGCAUCAUGGGUGUAAUGAUUGAGAGCAACAUCAACGAGGGCGCCCAGAAGGUCCCGCCCGAAGGCAAGGCUGGUCUCAAGUACGGCGUCAGUAUCACCGAUGCUUGCAUCGGCUGGGAGGACACUGAAUCGGUCCUCGACAAUCUCGCGCAGGCCGUCCGUGCACGGAAAGAGAAGCUUUCUGUUAACGGAACAGCUUAA